AUGGAGCCAACGAAGCUUGUUACUGUGGCAACACUGUGGUCUGAAAACAGCACAACAUCCCUGCCAGUGGUUCCAGACUGGGAGAUCGUCCACUCUGUCAUUCCCCCAUACAUCUUCAUCUUAAGCCUGUUAGGCCUUCUCCUUAACAGCUUUGUUCUGGCGGUGUUUGUAGCCAACAAGGAUCGUCUGACUAUAGCAGAGAUCUUCCUGAGCAACCUGGCACUGGCUGACCUUAUUCUCCUGUGCGGCCUCCCUUUCUGGGCAAUGUACAUCCUCAACGACUUCAACUGGCCAUACGGAGAUGUCUUAUGCAAACUGGUCAACUCUCUCAUCAUCAUCAAUUUCUACACCAGCAUCUACACCCUAGUCAUGAUUAGCAUCGACCGCUACCUAGCACUUGUGAAGACAAUGAAGGCCAGGGGGCUGAGGCGGACACUUUAUGCCAAGGUGACCUGCUUCUCCCUGUGGAUAUUAGGGCUCCUACUGAGCACGCCAACUAUGGUUCACAGAAAGGUGAAGUUCUUGGAGGAGUACGGUACAACAUCCUGUAUACUGGAUUACACUCAUGAUAGCUCUUGGAAGAUGGCCCAUCAGAUUCUGUUGAACUUGGUGGGCUUUGUACUCCCUGUUCUGGUCAUUGUUUUUAGCAGUGGGAACAUAAUCAAAGCUUUAGCUGAGAGGAGGGAGAGUGUAGCUUUUAAUGACACUCAUGAUACAAAGGCCACUGCACUUGUGUACGCUGUCACACUACUAUUUUUACUGUGCUGGGGUCCCUUCCAGGUAUUCACUUUCCUCGACACACUCUGUGACCUGCAAGCUUUGGAUGAGACGCUGUGGUCUCAUACUCUCAAUAUUGGACAUGACAUUUCAGUGUAUCUGGCCUUCUUCAACAGUACCCUCAACCCACUAUUGUAUGUCCUUUCAGGGCAGCACUUUAGGAGGAAAGUUAUCGCCAUCUACAGGAGGACUAGGUAUCAUCGCAGAGGAUCAGACAUGACCACAUAUCAACGCUCUGUUGCAUCCACUUACAUCAACAGAACAGAGCAAAUUAAGACUCUGGUAAUUCUUAAUGCAAAUGUUCAGAUGUAA